CUCCAUUUCUAAUCCCAUUAUAAAUAGCUGAAGCUGCCUAUGAUUUCCCAAAUCACCAAAUAUCAAAGCUUCUUUCUUCUUCUUCUUCUCUACAAAAGAAGUGUGUGAUCAUGGCGGGGCGCUACCAAGUGGAGGUGACCAUCACCUCCGCCAAAGACCUCAAAAACGUCAACUGGCGCCACGGCAGCCUCAAGCCCUACGCCGUCGCCUGGGUCGACCCCAAAUCCAAGUCCUCCACCCACGUCGCCCCCGACGGCGACACCUCCCCCACCUGGGACCAGACUCUCCUCCUCCCCUUCGACUCCCCCGUCGAAGACUCCACCCUCCACAUCGACAUCGUCCACGCCGACGCCGCCGCCGACACCAAGCCGCUCAUCGGCUCUGCCCGCCUCCCCCUCCGCGACCUCGUCGACGACGUCGGUCUCGGCCGCCGCGCCGACCGCACGCUCCCCCUCACGCGCCCCUCCGGCCGCCCCCAGGGGAAGCUCGAAGUCGCCGUCAGCGUCCGCGAGCCGGGCUAUCGUGCGCCGGACCCUUACUAUGCGCCGCCGUACCCCCCUGCGGCGGCCAGGGAGUACCCAUACGCGGGGCCAUACAGUGGGGCCCCGCCGUCUGGUUAUCCCGUGUACGGAGCUCCUCCGAGCUACGGGUACGGGCAGAGUAGUUACUAUGGUGGGGCACAGCAGGGAUACGUGGAGGGGAAGGAGAAGAAGGGAAGCAAGUUUGGGGGGAUGGGGACGGGAUUGGCUGUGGGUGCGGUUGCAGGGGUCUUGGGUGGAAUCGCGCUCACCGAAGGUUUUGAAGCCCUUGAGGAUCAUAUUGCCGAUGACGUGGCGGAUGAUCUGGCUGAUGAUGUGGCGGGCGACGAAGAGGAUUAUUAGUAAAGCGUAUACGUGUGUAAUUUUUUUUUUCCAAUUAAUUGAUGUAUACUGUUACUGCCCAAUCAACCUGUCAAAGAAGAAGAAAUUGUGGAAUAAAAAAGUGUGUUUAAUUCA